AUGCUCUCGCCUUUCCUCUCCGAUAACAGUGGCUAUUUGCUAGGUCAUGGCCAAGGCCAUCUCCACCCUUGUAUGGAGCUCUGCAACAACCUCAAUAAGCGCAAUUACCACACUACCCUCGUUCCCUCUUAUGCCCUCUCCUCUGCCAUUCCUUCCUCUUUCAACCAAAACCCACUUACCACCGUGGCUCAAUUCGCCUCCUCUACUAGACCCUUACCCGGUUCCGACCCCUUAAAAAGCCAACAAGCUGCCGAGGACCUCCGUGCCCACCUCGCGAACAGUGCUGCUGCCAUGGAGUGGGGUGCGUGGAAGGUCCAAAUUGGUGAUGUCAAGCCGGGGAGACCCGUCUACUUCCCGGGCUGCCGGAAGAAAUGGCUAUCACUUAUUGGGACCUCAAAAGAAAACCAUUUGGGCCGCCAGGUGGGCUGGGUCCAAGGCCAGGUGGAGGAGGCCCACCAAAACCGGGUGACAAACCUCCAUGGGUCCCAGAAAUUGAAGGGUCAGUGGCUUUGA